CAGUAUUCUACUCAGCAGCACCCCCUGAUGGCCAGCACAUCUGGAUUUGCGCCUGAGAUAGCACAUCAUGAUGAAGCCAAAGAAAUGGACCUUGAUUUCAUUGAUAUUGAAUUUGUUGAUGAGCCAUCAGAUUUUGAGGAUCACCAGUAUACCAUGACCCACUCCACGCCUGUUCAUCAGCCACAGACAUUCAUCACAAAUCCUAAGGCUGUAAAACGGAGGUUGAAUCUAGACUUGCCCCAAUCAGAGCAUAUAUUUAAAACACCCAGCAAGACACCAAAGCACCGGGUGCGAACGUACUCUGAGGAGUAUCCAUCUCCAAGUCCAUCAAAAGUUGUUCCAGCUCCCUGUUUCUCUCCGUCUUCAAAGUCGCGCUACGACACUUCCCUCGGCCUUCUCACCAAGAAGUUCUUCCAGAUUCUGCGCAGCGCAGAGGACGGGGUGGUGGAUCUCAACCAUGCCACCAUCGUCCUGCAAGUGCAGAAACGUCGCUUGUAUGACAUCACCAACGUGCUGGAGGGCAUCGGUCUCAUCGAGAAGGAGUCCAAGAACAAGAUCCGCGUGACGGCCGCCUCUUCCGACCUGGACGAGCUGCGUGCGCCGGCGCCGGCCGCCGCGCUGCCGGACGACUCCCAGCUGCGCAGUCUGGAGCACGAGGAGCGCCGCCUCGACCGGCUCAUCGAGCAGGCCGGCGUGCAGCUGCGCCAGCUCAACGACGACCGGCGCGAGGCGUACAUCCGCUACCAGGACCUGCGCAGCAUCCCCCAGUUCAAAAACGACACGGUGGUGGCCAUCAAGGCGCCGCCGGAGACCAAGCUGCGCGUCCCCGACCCGGCCGAGGAGGGCGUGUACCAGAUCCACCUGCACUCGGAGACGGACGAGAUCCAGCUGUUCCUGUGCCAGGACGAGUCGGCGUCCACCUCGCACGCCGACGACUCGAUGAUGCUGUCCACCAGCUUCUGCUCGCUGCCGGACCAGUCGCCGCUCAAGGCCGAGUACCCGCUGGUGGACGCCGACCGGCCGCCCUUCCUCGGCACGGGCGAUUUGGAGCCGUCCAUUUCGGGCGAGGCGUUCCUCCCGCUGGAGCCGCUGCCGUCAGAGUCCGACUACAGCUUCGGCCUGGACCUCUCCGAGGGCGCGUGCGAGCUGUUCGACUUUUCGUUUUGAUGCCGCCCACCCCGCCGCGCUAGGGGCUGCUUCGGGAGGGAAGGGGCGCUCGCCCGGCAAGUUGCCGUGUGCCGCGGCUGCCUCUGCCGUUGCGUUUUUAAAGACUGGUCUCCCGGAGUGGGGGCCGCCCCGGUAUCUCCGCCGGAGCCGCCUGUGGGCCGGCGCCCCGUCGCGACCGCGGCUUGCCAAGCUCCCCAGUCAUUUUAGAUCGAUCGUGGUGUGUGUUUUAGCUGAUGCCGCCGAUGUCGCGCUGUUUGUGUGCGUGUGUGCGGGGACUGGGAAGUGACUGUAUGAGUGGGCGCGAUGGUGAGCAUGUGACGCGGCGUGGUUUUGGGCGUCGGUGCGUUGUGUGGUGCCGUUUUGGUGCCGCGGUGCUCAGUGGUGCCACACCAGUGAUUUGUGAUCCGGUGGCAUUAUUCCGACGGUGCUCCCCUCGCGCGCGCGCGGACCGAACUGAUAUUGGGUCGGUUUUUAAGUUUGCGGGCGGCUCGCUGCUCGUACCGCGCCACCGCACAGUGUGGCCGAAGACCAGUUUAGCGCGAAUUUAAUCCCAGCGCCGCUCGGAUCCACUGAAAAUGGUUCUCUGGUUCCAAAACUGACGUUUACCCCUCACCGGACCUAUUGGUUUUCAAAAUACCCCCCCUUCGCCGGCCGAAGGGGGGGGGGGGUACGACCCCCGUCGCUGUUUCGCCCCUGAUGAAGCUAGAGCCUCGCGGGAAAAAAAAACGAGCGUGUGUGCCGUUACGAGACGCAGCAACUGGUAUCCGAUUUUAAGAUCUCAAGUUAACCUGUGACCUCCGAGUUCAGGUCAAGUGGCCCAAGGCACGGAUUCGUUUUUUAUUAAUAACUUCGCGAAAAAAUGCCGCAGAGUCGCAAUUUUGGCAUCAUCGUGUUCGCCUCGCUCAGGUGCGUCGAAUGGUAUACUUUUUGUUCGGCUGAAGUCAACUUAAGGGGUUGACCUCGGGUCAAGGUCAGGUUAGAGCCCCCCAGAUCACGAAGUUGGUCGAAGGAGGUCAUGUUGCAUAUCAUUCGAUUCGGCAGGUCUUCCUGAGUCCAUUGGUGGCUUUCCCGACUCGCUAGCUCAAUUUAAUCAGGAGUUAUUGACGAAAAACUCUUAUUAUCCUAGUGACGUCAUAAAUGACGUCACGUAAGGCCAAUAAUGCAAAAGUGAAGCAUCGAACCUUGCAGGGAGUGCAUGAAAUCACGAUUCCGUGUGCUUGAGAUAGUUAAUUAGGCUGGAGCCUGUUCGGCCGCGCCGCCCCCCACCUUGGUCAGGUCACGCCGGGCGGCCGACUAGACAUGUUCAAAGCUGAAUUGACGGCAAAUAGGCAAAAAGUGGCAGCUGAAACUUGCUCGCUUAUGUUCAGAAAUGUGCGGAGAGUUCAGCCAUGCCCUAUUCGUCAUAUCCAUUUUUAUCCAUUUUGACAUUUUCCAACUUCUUUAUGAAAUACUAUUGUGAGAACGAUACACAUGCAGGGCUCCUGUUCUAACUCAUUAAACUCAGAAACCAUUCAUUGAAAAGCUACCAUGAUAGCAGAAACAGCUUCAUCAUGAAUUGUGCUAUCCGGUGAUAUGCUAUUUUCUCAUAUAUCUUCUCGAAGCUUCCGUAAAAUUUACAUUGAAAACUGGACAUAUUUCUCAGUACCAUAGCCCGAUUUCAGGAACCGGAGCGUGGGUCUACAUUCGGCAGGGAUAUAAGUCCUCAAAUGAUAAAGUGGCUUAAAAAUAAGGUUCUAUCCGAUAACUUCGGACAAUUUCCUACCCAUUGAUAGGUAUAAAUAACAGUUUAUCGAAAGUCGGGUUUUUGAUUAAAUUCGCGCUAAUCUGGUAUUCGGCAAGACCGUGCACCGGCGACACAUGGUUUUGUGGCCCGCAGUUUGUGCAUGGAAUCGUUUGGCUUCGCAUGCUCCGUUGCAUAGAUCGUGCGCCAUUGCCUCGGCCCGUUUGCAGUCACGCGCAAAGUGAUCCUCAUUAAGUUAACAAAACCUGAAGGGUACAAAUUCAGUCCACUGCCGUCACAGAGGCGAGGCGGGUCGGUGUACGCGCCGCGUCUCCAGUAUAGAGCACAUCAUGCCGGCGUCGGCAACGUGAUAGAUUAAAAACAACUGAUGCACUGUUGUUACUGUUACCGAGGCGUGUCCCGGUGACUAUUUGGGUCUGUAUUUUUACAUAGAGGUCUCGGCGUGGGCGUCGUGCUGGAUGAUUUCUAACGGGAGGUGAGCAGAAUGAGGCCCUGAGCGGAUUGGUGGUGUGCGUAUUAUGAGGCGAGGCUGUAGUGGAUAGCAUGUGAUGAUUUCGGCCACCGUUUUCCACCGACAGCCGUUUUAACCGGGAUGUUUUCACUGAUUUUUAGAUCAAUUUUUGUGCGAAGUUUUCUGUCUACUGUCGUGUUUUUCUUCAGAUGUCCAAAAGUCUUCUUUGUUAGGCAAGCUUUAAGCUGAUGUUUAUAUAUUUAUUUCCUGUUGUCAAUGAUUUGGAACCAGGCGUGAUCAGCUGCUGGCCGGAGAGAGAGCAUUGGUGAAAUAAACGAGUAGCGUCAA